AUGCUGUGCGAAAUAAGUGCUUGGUCAGGAAAUAAUUUCAUCCUGACAUGGAUGAUUUUAACUCUGAUUGCACUCGUGGUUUUAAUUGUAUUUUCCACCUUGAUUUUCUAUCAUUAUUAUGUCAAAAUAACGUUUGACAAAUGGUUACAAAAGUCCAAUCCCAAAUAUCCACCACCAACUGGUGUUCGUACAGAAAUCAUUUUAAUGUUAAAAGGUCUUCUUUCAGCAACAUUCUGUCCAGCAUUGGCGUUACAUUUAAUGGGAAGAGGAAAAUUACAGGGAUAUUGCGGAGUUGGUGAAUACGGAUGGGGAUAUUUGAUCAUAAGUUUUUUUAUUAUUUGGUUAUCAACUGAUUUCUUCGAAUUCUUUUACCAUCGAAUGGGUCAUACCAUUGAUGCUUGUUGGAAUGUACAUAAGUCUCAUCAUCAAUUUUUCAAUCCAACACCGUACGCUGUUAUAGCUGAUGAAUAUUUAGAUCAAUUUGUACGUGCAUUACCUUUAGUUGUUCUUCCGAUAUUAAUGCCCGUCAAUAUGGAUCUAUUGUUCUUUCAAUUUGCAACAUUCUUCUAUGGUUAUGGCAUUUAUCUACACUGGGGUCAUGAAUUUUCGUAUCCGGAUGCUCAUCAUCCGAUAAUAAAUACAUCAUUUCAACAUUAUCUACAUCAUGCGAUAUCGAUCAAGAAUAAACCGUAUCAUACGGGAUUUUAUUUCAAAAUUUGGGAUCAAAUCUUUGAUAGUAUUUAUCCUCGUGAAAAAUGUUUCUGUGUAAAAUGUCAAAAAGGUCAAGGUUUACGAACGUUUGAAGAAUUUGAAAAGAUCGAAAAACCAGACUAUAGUGUGCUGCUCAGUUGGAAGUUUUGGCUCAGUGAAAAACAGAAUUAA